AAGAACCACCAAUAAUUUUGUAUAUACUACUGAUAAAGCAACUGACAAAGCUGAUAACAAUAGCAAAGAUGAUAACAACGAUAAUGAUAAUAUCCAAAACAAUAAUGACGAUUAUGAUAAUGCCUAG